GUUGUGCUUACUUCCUGUUUGGUCAAAAAAGGCACAUUGAGGCUUCCAUACAAAGAUGAUGUCAUCAAGUGGGCUGUGCUUAGAAUCAGUACAGUUCAGAGAAGCCAUCUUGUGACAGUUUGUGAUGCAGUUAUAAAAGUACCAGGAUUGAGUCUGAGCUCUGACAAUUGCUGAUAGUAAUAAAUGUAAUGUCAGCUACAGAUCACUGCAGAGGAUACAGCAUCAGCCAGUCAGGAAGAGUAAGAACUGUCAGUUACACAUUAUAAGUUAUAUUGCAGUUAUACAGUUAUCAGUUACCCUGGAUUACUAUAGUGCUGCAUACACAGUAUACAGGACUGCUAAUAUAAGGAGUGCAGCAGCCAUUCAUUAUAAAGGACUAUAUAUAUGUGUAUCUAUCCAUAUUACUGUGUGCAAAUCUACAGGAGCACCUUGCUAUGUCAUGCAGUAAAUAAAGUGCCAGUUUACAUUUAGAAGUUGCAAGUGCAUCAUUCAUAUAAAGAGUUAAUGUUUGCUAUGUAAGGACAUUACAUCUGGCGACGAGUAUACUACCACAAACUCACGCUAUCAUGGCUGUAUUUGGAGCAUUGAAAGAAUUUGACCCUGACACAGAUAACUGGGUUUCCUGGACUGAAAGACUACAGCAGUAUUUACUUGCCAAUGACAUUGGAGAUACUAAGUCUGUUGCUGUCUGUCUCACAACUAUUGGUGCUAAAACAUAUGAGAUUCUAAAAGAUCUGCUACACCCAGAAAAGCCAGCCACCAAGUCUUUGUCUGAAAUAAUACAGAUCUUAACACAACAUUUCCAACCACGGCCAUUAGAGAUUGCUGAGCGGUUCAAGUUUUAUAGCAGGCGCCAAGGGGUACAAGAGACUGUAUCUACAUUUGCAAUAAGUUUAAAGAAAUUGGCCAGCACCUGUGCUUUUGGGGAGUAUCUGAAUAUUGCCCUUAGAGAUCAGUUUGUUAUGGGUAUCAGUACAGAAUCUAUUCAAAGGCGACUUUUGACAGAGGAGAGCCUGACCUUCCAUAAAGCACUAGAGAUUGCUUCUGUUUUGGAACAGGCCACACGAGACACUAGUUUACUGCAGACGCAUUCUCACACUAAGGAAGAACAGGUAUUUUUCUCUAAUGUGAAGCAACAGACUAAACCAGCCAGUAAAUAUUCAGCAAAAGCAGCAUCGCCUAUUAACUGUUACAGAUGUGGAGCACAGAAUCAUGUAGCUUUUGAAUGCAGAUUUAAAAAUGCUCGUUGUCAUGGCUGUGGUAAAAUAGGACACUUAAAGAAGGCUUGCAGAGGAUCUCAGCAGAGUGUCUCAAGCAAAACUCAUAAGAAGGGAAAUUACCACAUGGCUUAUAAGGGAGCCACAUCAGACUCAGAAGAGGAAAUGACUGUUCAGAGUUUGACUGUAUACACCAUGACAGCAGGGUCUGAGCCUUUGACCGUUCAUGUUAAUAUUGAAGGAAAAGAUUUGACCAUGGACUUAGAUACUGGGGCUGCAGUUUCAGUUAUGACAAUUAAAGAUUGGAAACAGCUGAAAAUUCCAGUAUUGCUGCAGCCCACUACCUUGAAGCUACAAACAUACUCCAGAGAAGUCUUGACGCCACUGGGGUGUGCAUCUGUAUCUGUGUGUACAAACAGUAAAACUGCCAAUCUUACACUAUAUAUACUAAAAUCAGGUGGCCCACCUCUUUAUGGAAGGGACUGGAUACGGGCCCUUGGCAUGCCUGAGAGCCUCAAAAACAGUGAAGUUCAUCAUAUUGGAGUUGAUCGUGCCCAGUGGAUUCAGAACAUUAAGACCAAAUAUGCCCCGGUGUUUGAAAGUGUUCUGGGAAAAGUUAAGAACAAAAGGGUACGGUUACAGUUAAAACCUGGAGCAAGGCCAAAGUUUUUCAAAGCACGAACUGUGCCAUUCGCUUUAAGGGCAGGAGUUGAUGCUGAACUGAGGAGGUUAGAAGAGUUAAAGAUUAUAACCCCAGUGCAUCGUAGUGAGUGGGCUUCUCCUAUUGUACCGGUAAGAAAGAAAGAUGGACAGAUCCGAAUAUGUGGAGACUUUAGGAUGGUGUUGAAUGAACAGUUAGCAGUGGAUAAGUAUCCAUUACCCAGAACAGAAGAGAUUUUUGCUAACUUAGCUGGGGGACAACAUUUCACAAAGAUUGAUUUAAAAAAUGCUUACCUUCAACUUGAAGUACAUCCAGAUUCCCGCAGGUUACUCACCAUCAAUACUCACCGUGGGUUAUUUCAAUAUAAUCGUAUGGUCUUUGGCAUUGCUCCUGCACCAGCCAUCUGGCAACGCACCAUGGAAGAACUGUUAAAUGGACUACCCUAUGUCCAAUGCCUUUUAGAUGACAUGUUAAUCACGGGCAGGACGGAGGAAGAACAUCGACACAAUGUAGAGAGGGUACUGCAGCGGCUAAUGACCUACGGGUUGAAGGUCAACUUGGAGAAGUGUGCUUUCAUGCGUGACAAAUUAGAAUUUUGUGGCCAUGUUAUAGAUUGUCAUGGUCUACACACUGCUGAUGACAAAGUCAAGGCCUUGCAAGAAGCUCCUAUACCACAGAAUGCAUCACAACUACGAUCAUACCUUGGUCUCCUUAACUAUUACCACCGUUUUCUUCCCCAGCUAGCCCAUACGUUACACCCACUACAUCAGCUUCUUGAGACAAAUCGAUCCUGGUUGUGGAGCAGUGAAUGCAAUAAAGCCUUCCAGGAAUCCAAGAACCUACUCCUGUGUUCCCGCAUGUUAAUGCACUAUGAUCUUCAGAAACCACUCAUGAUAGCAUGUGAUGCUUCGCCUUAUGGUUUAGGGGCUGUAUUGUCACACACAAUGCCAGAUGGGACAGACCGACCGGUAGCCUUUGCUUCCCGUUCUCUAACGACGGCAGAGAAGAACUAUUCCCAAUUAGACAAGGAAGCAUUGGCCAUUGUAUGGGCUGUUAAGAAGUUCCAUAACUAUAUUUAUGGUAGGCAAUUUACUCUUUUAACUGACCAUAAGCCACUGCUGACCAUCUUUAAUCCAAGGAAAGGAAUUUCAACCACUACAGCGGCUAGAUUGCAAAGGUAUGCUCUAACUUUGGGAGCAUAUCAUUACUGCAUCAAAUACCGGGCCCAUGAUUCCCAUGGCAAUGCUGAUGCCAUGUCCAGGCUUCCACUAAUGAAUUCCUUACCAGUUGUUCAAGAAAGCCUUCCAAGUGUGUGUUUUACGGGUAUAGUACAUGCCAAACAAAUUGCUAAGGAGACAGCUUGUGAUACUGAAUUACAACUUCUGGCAAAGUAUUUGACAGAUGGCUGGCCAAGAACUGGCUGUGAUGUGCAGCGAGCAUACAUACUACGAGCGAAAGAACUCACACUCAGAAAUGGAUGUAUUUUAUGGGGUGAGAGAGUUCUGGUUCCUAAUGGGCUACGACAAGCUACGUUAAAACUCCUUCAUGAAGGACACCCAGGCAUUGUCAGAAUGAAACAGAAGGCUAGGGGUCAUGUUUGGUGGCCGGCCAUUGAUAAGGACAUUGAGAACUAUGUUAUGGCAUGCAAAGGGUGUGUUCAAGCUCAAGGACAGCUUCCACGAGGAGCUGUACAACCAUGGGACUGGCCUACUACUCCUUGGGAGAGACUACAUUUGGACUUUGCCGGUCCUAUUGAUGGAAUCUCAUACUUAAUCAUAAUUGAUGCACACUCUAAGUGGCCAGAAGUAAUUCCAAUGACAAGGACUACAACUACUGAAGUCAUAUCAGCAUUAGAAAGACUGUUUUCAGUAUUUGGGUUGCCAAGAAAACUGGUCACAGACAAUGGUCCCCAGUUUGUGUCACAAGACUUCCAGAAUUUUUUACAUACGAAUGGAAUUCACCAUCAUCGGACGGCACCAUAUCACCCAGCCACCAACGGGCAAGCAGAGAGAUUUGUCCAAACCUUUAAAAGGGCACUGAAAGCGCUAAAAGCAGAGAAGCAGGUUAAUACUAAAAACAUUUUACAAUUUUUGCAACAAUAUAGGGUUACUCAACACCCCACCACGGGAGUUGCCCCAGCUCAACUAUUGUUUGGCAGGAAGAUCCGUACAAAGCUGGAUUUAAUCACACCAGAUGUAGCAGAAACAGUCCGCAUCAUGCAAGAUAAAAUGAGAGUGGGAAAACCUUCACGGACCUAUACAGAAGGAGACUUGGUUUGGUAUAGGGUGUACCAUACAGAGGAAAAAUGGGCACCAGGUGUUGUUGCCCAGGUUGAGGGCCCAAAGAUGUAUGUUAUAACCACUCCAUCAGGUGUGUGUCGCCGCCAUGUGAACCAACUACGACCACGGCUAGAGAGGAGAGAACAGGCUGGUGAGGACCAUCACCUAAAAAUGCAAUCAGACAAUGACUUUGAUAUCUGGGGUGGUGUUUGGCAUGAUCCAAACACAGGCUCUGACUCAACUACAGAAGAUGACUCAGAAAUACCAGCCUCAGUAGAAGAACCUUGUAAUGAUGAGUCAGGAAAUUCUAUCCAGGACCACAAUAGUCAUGCUCGUACUCCCAGGCAACGAACACCUGUUGUUCGUUGGUCUCCUGAAGUUAAUCUCAGAGACACUCGCCGGAGACAACAUGCAACAUAUCAGAGAAACUUUCGUCAACGUAAGAAACAAGAAGCAGCUUUCACAUCCACAAUACAAGAGGAUGCUGGAGAAGACUGAUUUAUCUUACGGUUGUUGUUGUGCAGUUAAGUUUAAAAAAAAAAAAAAAAAAAAAAAUAAGUAGGAAAGGAGAUGUAGUGUUGUGCUUACUUCCUGUUUGGUCAAAAAAGGCACAUUGAGGCUUCCAUACAAAGAUGAUGUCAUCAAGUGGGCUGUGCUUAGAAUCAGUACAGUUCAGAGAAGCCAUCUUGUGACAGUUUGUGAUGCAGUUAUAAAAGUACCAGGAUUGAGUCUGAGCUCUGACAAUUGCUGAUAGUAAUAAAUGUAAUGUCAGCUACAGAUCACUGCAGAGGAUACAGCAUCAGCCAGUCAGGAAGAGUAAGAACUGUCAGUUACACAUUAUAAGUUAUAUUGCAGUUAUACAGUUAUCAGUUACCCUGGAUUACUAUAGUGCUGCAUACACAGUAUACAGGACUGCUAAUAUAAGGAGUGCAGCAGCCAUUCAUUAUAAAGGACUAUAUAUAUGUGUAUCUAUCCAUAUUACUGUGUGCAAAUCUACAGGAGCACCUUGCUAUGUCAUGCAGUAAAUAAAGUGCCAGUUUACAUUUAGAA